UGUUGUUGUCAUGGUGACAGGUGGUAUUUUGGGAAGAUGGGGAGGAAGGAUGCGGAGAGACAGCUGCUGGGCAGUAGCAACCAGAGGGGAACUUUCCUCAUACGAGAGAGCGAGACCACCAAAGGUGCUUACUCUCUGUCGAUCCGUGACUGGGACGAUAACAAGGGAGACCACGUCAAACAUUAUAAGAUCCGCAAACUGGACAAUGGUGGCUACUACAUCACCACGAGAUCACAGUUCGACACAGUGCAGCAGCUGGUAGAGCACUACACAGGCACUAAUGAUGGGCUGUGUUGUUACCUGACCAUGUCCUGUCCCAACUCCACCCCACUCACCAUGGGCCUUGGGCGGGACGCCUGGGAGGUGCUAAGGGAAACUCUGUCCAUGCAAAGGAAGCUGGGACAGGGCUGCUUCGGGGACGUUUGGAUGGGCAUGUGGAACGGUACCACCAAGGUAGCGGUGAAGACUCUAAAGCCAGGGACCAUGUCCCCCGAGGCCUUCCUGGAGGAGGCUCAGAUCAUGAAGAGACUCCGCCAUGACAAGCUGGUGCAGCUCUACGCCGUCGUGUCUGAGGAGCCCAUCUACAUUAUCACCGAGUUCAUGAGCCAAGGAAGCUUGUUGGACUUCUUAAAAGAUGGGGAGGGGCAGGAUCUUAAGCUGCCUCAACUGGUGGACAUGGCUGCACAGAUUGCAGCUGGAAUGGCAUACAUCGAGAGGAUGAACUACAUCCAUCGUGACCUGCGAGCAGCUAACAUACUUGUUGGAGACAACCUGGUGUGCAAGAUUGCUGACUUCGGCCUGGCCCGGCUCAUCGAGGACAACGAGUACACAGCCAGACAAGGGGCGAAGUUCCCCAUCAAGUGGACGGCUCCUGAAGCUGCAUUGUACGGACGCUUUACCAUCAAGUCAGAUGUCUGGAGCUUUGGCAUCCUACUAACUGAACUCAUCACCAAGGGACGUGUGCCAUACCCAGGCAUGAACAACCGUGAGGUGUUGGAGCAGGUGGAGAGGGGCUACAGGAUGCCCUGUGCCCCGGGCUGCCCCGCCUCGCUCCAUGAACUGAUGCUGCAGUGCUGGAGGCGAGAGGCUGAUGAGAGGCACACCUUUGAGUACCUGCAGUCCUUCCUGGAGGAUUACUUCACGGCCACAGAGCCGCAGUACCAGCCCGGAGAAAAUCUGUGACCACACACGUGUAGGACAGAUGUGGAGCAAUAAACGGACAAACAUAAAGAGAAAGACAGACGUGGGAUGUAUACAUGCAGACACACCAAUAUGCCUUCAUUGUAUUUGUAUUCUUACUGUGCACACACACACACACACGCACACACACACUAACAUAUUAAGAUACAUAUCAUUGCCUUGUUUUAUUGUUUAAAGACAGUUUCCUCCUUUUGGUUAUUGAUCACUGUAGUGCAACCCAUUCAGGACAGUUCAGUCAACCAUGUUGAAGAGCGGAGUCGGAUCUCUGCUGAUCAGGCCUUGCAGUAAUGUUGCUUUACUCUGUAACCAUGACAACAAGGAACCGAAAGAAGAUGUAGAUGGUUGUGUUGAGGUGGGGCGGGGGGGGGGGGAGUGAAGUUGGUACAUGAUUUUUGUUCAGCUGCCUUAAAUGUCCAGGUCCCUUUUCUGAUUUCUGUCUCUGGGGAGAGCAGCUUCGAAGGACAACUGUUUGCCUGAGAGAAAGGUGUUGAUAGAGAAACGAUGGACGGUGCAACAGGUUUCAGACAACAUUAAAUAAACCUCGUGAACUUGUGUGAUGGAUUAUGUAUGCAGACACUGUGAGAUAUAAUAAGAUGCUUCCUCUUACUAUAUUCUAAAAAGGCUGUUGAACUGAUCCAUGUCCAUCACCUGAAAGGGGGAACUGAUUUCAAACUUGCUCCAACAUCUGCUUUAAAGUGGUCAAAUUAAGGUUGUUUUAGCAUUUAAAGUACCUUCAAUACUGUGUUAGUAAAGUCUGAGGGGAGAGAUGGUAAGGAAUGCUCUUUGUUUGUCUGAUAAUUUGAAUGACAAUUUAGUAUGAACUGUCUCUGUUGCUGUUUUAAUUUAACUCCGAUAUAUCUGUGCAACACAAAGACUUAUAUAUUAACAUGUACACAGUUUUCAUGCAUUCAGGGUGAAAUGUUACACAUAAAGGGGAACGAU